AUGUUUCAGAGUUUACAAAAUUUAUCACAAGGGUGGAUCUUGACUAUUCUCUCAUCAUCGCUAUGCGUUCUAGGGACCUUGAUCAUAUACUUUGACGAUUUAUACUACCUCAUAUGUCCCAAAUUUAUUACAUCGAGAUACAGAUUCAAAUUGAAAGAGAAUUACUCAUUUCUCAAUGGUUCAUUAGCACUAAGUUCAGGCUGUUUGAUUAUUACAGCGCUAUACAGGUUAUUACCGGAAGCUUCAAAGUAUUUGUCCAUGCUGAAUGAAGAGGCGAAUGCUGAGCACUUGUCUAAACGAUGGCAACAAAUCUACUUGAUGAGUGGUUACUUUGGUGGGAUUCUUAUCUGCGCAAGUUUCAAUUUUGCUUUACAUUUAUUGACUAGUGAAAGUGUGGUUCAUUGCAAUCACGGAAAUACCGUAAAAGAGGAGGAUCACGGUAUGCAAGAGGUUCACCACAACCAUUCCCACGGUCAUCUGCAUUCUCAUACAAGUUUUGAGCCUGACGUUCGUCCAAAAAAAUCAAACUCUAGUGGCAACGAGAAUGAAGUGCGAGAUUAUUUUGUUGAGCAGGAGCCUGUUGAAGUGGAAGUUCAAGAGACUGAAACAACUCCACUUAUACGCGCCACUUUGAAACCAAGAAAAUCUAUUAUUCAGCUUUUUAUAAAUGAUGAGGCAGCUGGGGAAUGUAAAGGGUACACAUCUGCAGAACUUUGCACUUAUCAUCAUCACGAACACGGAGCCGAUAAGUUGCAUUUUUGUGAGAUACCUCAAUUGGCAAAUCAUGAUGAGGAAGUGAACCAUGGAGAGGAUAACCAUGGAGAAAAUCGUCCUGAACCCACUCUGCAUCUGAAUCAACUGCAUCAUCUGCACGAAGUGGAUCAUCACCACCAUGUGAAUUCGCCGCUUUCACGUUUAUUCUUGAUUGGGGUUGAAACGACUUUGGCAAUUACGCUACACAAGCUACCAGAAGGGUUCAUCACUUAUGUGACAUCAGAGACGAAUCCUAAGUUGGGGUUCUCGAUAUUUAUUAGUUUGAUAUUGCACAACUACACAGAAGGUUUCUCAAUGUGUCUUCCUUUAUUUUAUGCAAUGUCUACUUCAAGAUAUGCAAAACUCAAAGCCGUUUCAAUUAGUGCAUUACUAGGCGGAAUUUCUCAACCAUUAGGAGCAUUAUUGGGAUACUUAUUUCUCAAGGUCAAUUCAAACAAGUAUGACGUACAUUCUUUACGAUUUAUAUUUGGAAUUACAAUGGCUGUAACCAGUGGAUUUUUGACUGUUGUUGCAUUGACGAUGUUUGGAAGUGCUGUAUCAUUUGGAGGUAACAUAAAUUUUGUCAUUUCAUGGUGUAUUGUUGGUAUAAUGUUGAUUGGGUUAUCAACUAUAUUCUCUAGUUAG